CUGACUGAUGCGUGCAUGCAAAACAAAUCUUCUCCAGCCUGAACCCUGGCUCUGAGUCUCCUGAUUCCUUUGUCAUCUAAUGCUCUGCCUGAGCAGAAGAGCACCUCGUCGUCAUUAUCAUGGCAAGCAUAUUAUCCAGCCGCAGCUUCGCCUCCUCCUCAGCAGUCAGCACUGGUUCCCUGAGAGGUGGUUCAGCCCUAAACCUCAGCAGAUCAUCCGGCAGUGUGUAUGGAGGAGCUGGAGGGUCUGGAGUGCGUAUCUCCACCAAUAAUUCAUCUUUCGGAAGUGGCCUAAACCUUGCAGAUGCCGUUGAUAUCUCAGCCAAUGAGAAGCUGACGAUGCAGAACCUGAACGACCGUCUGGCCUCCUAUCUGGAGAAGGUGCGCUCACUGGAGCAGGCCAAUGCUGAGCUAGAGCUCAAGAUCCAGCAGUUUCUUGAAUCCAAGGCCUCACCCCAGGCCCGAGACUACUCUGCCUACUUUGCCACCAUCAGUGACCUUCAGGCCAAGAUUCAGGAAACCAUAGCUGUGAAUGGAGGACUGUACCUCAGCACUGACAAUGCCAAACUUUCUGCCGAUGACUUCAAAAUAAAGUUUGAGAAUGAGUUAGCUAUGAAGCAAUCAGUUGAGGCUGAUAUCAUUGGGCUAAGAAAGGUCCUGGAUGACCUUACAUUGGGAAAAUCCAAUUUGGAAUUGCAGAUUGAGGGUCUGAACGAAGAGCUGACAUACCUAAAAAAGAACCACGAAGAGGAGCUCCUGUUGGCACGCUCUCAGAUGGGUGGGCAGGUGAAUGUGGAGGUGGACGCCGCACCACAGCAAGACCUGAUGGCCAUCUUGGCUGGAAUUCGCGAUCAUUACGAAUCUGUAGCCGCAAAGAACCGCUUAGAACUUGAGACCUGGUUCCAAGCCAAGAGUGAGGCACUAAACAAAGAGGUUGCAGUGAGCACAGAAACGCUCCAGACAUCCAAAUCUGAAAUCUCAGAAAUCAAGCGCACACUUCAGAGUCUAGAAAUUGAGCUUCAGUCACAGCUUAGCAUGAAAGCGUCACUUGAACACACUCUGGCUGAGACACAGAAUCGUUAUGCAAAAAUGCUCACCGGCUUUCAGGUUCAGGUGACGAGUCUGGAGGAGCAGCUGGUGCAGCUUCGUGCUGAUCUUGCUCGUCAAGCUCAGGAGUAUCAAAUGCUGCUGGAUAUCAAGACCAGACUGGAGAUAGAGAUUGCUGAGUACAGGAGACUGUUGGAUGGAGAAGCAACCACCACCAGCACGACUUCCACUACCACUACUAAGAAGGUGGUGGUCGUCACAGAAGAGGUAGUGGAUGGUAAAAUUGUCAGCUCCUCAAGUACUUCUGAGAGCAAAACCAUAACCAGUUGAACAUCCUGCGUCUCCAAGCAACAAUGAGAUGAUGUCAUGCCCUGUGACAUGUUUCUCUACUGCUCACAGAAAAAAAUAAUAAAUUGAGUCAAAGCACUUGACUUAACUUGA